CUAUUAUAUGGUGGUUGUGAUGUUGUGAAUUGAAUGGCUCUUUGAGGUCUGUUGGCUUGUUGACUGGUCUCCAUGGUAACUCAACAGCAUGGCGUUCCUGCGCUGGAGUGGUGAGGAUGUGGCUCACUGGAUCGAGUCUGUCGGAUUCCCCCAGUAUAAGGCAUGUUUCACUCAGAAUUAUAUCACGGGCAGAAAACUGAUUCAUGUCAACUGCUUCAACCUGCCACGACUUGGAAUCACUGACUUCCAGCACAUGCAGCUGAUCUCAGCUCAGGUCAGAGAACUGCUGGGCGUCUCGGAGCCGCGCUCGAUCCAGAGCAUCGCUGACCCUCUUCACGAUGACCGGACGGUGUUCCUGCAGAGGAAGAGCAGAACCGGCCAGCAGGCAGAUUCCCUCACAUAUGAGCAUCUCCUCCAGAACAAGAGCCAGUAAACCCCACCCAGCACAUCCAUCA